CUCAUCUUAAGAAACAUGAUACAAUUGCUUUGCUCAAAGAAUACAUUACUCCUACACAAAAAAUAUUUUUACAAUAAUCAACCAUGAAAGGGUCAUCGUCUAGAAUUUUCGUUCUUCCUCUACUAAUACUCCUUCUCAUUGCUGGUAAUUUUUAACUAUUUCGGUCUAGCAUAAUUAUUCAUUUUAUUUAUCAUUUUAUCGUCGAUAAAUGAGUUGUAUUGGUUCGCCAAAAUUUUACUUUCAGGUGCAUUUCUAUUUUCUAGUUAUAUUGGUUCAUGGAAUUGGCAAAUGAAAUUUUAUACGACCCUUAAAAACCUAAGAUUCCCCGUUUAUAUAAUAAGGAUAUGAAUUAUCCACCGAAUUUAAAUUUAUAAGUUGUAUUACCGUAAGUCGUACCAUACACAAAUAGCUCAUGUAAUGCUACAUGAAUUUAGAUUUUAAUUUCCUUGUUACACUAACACUAAUAUGUUUUUUUUAUUGAUAGUCAAUUAGAGAUGGCUAAUUAACGAGUUGAUAAUCUUUUUUGUUUUGUUUUUGCAAUGAUUAUAAUAUACAGUUCAGAAGGAAGUGAUGGGAGAGCAGAUAAAUAAAAAAGUGUGCAAGGUCGGGCUUAUCCCUCCUGCUAAACAAGGAACUUUGGGGUGUGAAGCUUUAAACUGUGACUCUCUAUGUAAAGAGACUUACGGACAACCAACCAUUGGAUUGUGUUAUUUUAUUGUCUAUUGUGCAUGUUACAAGCCUUGUUAAAAAAUUUCACUAUUGAAAUCAUGAUGUGAUGAUCAGUUAUAUAAGGCCAUUAUAUUUUUUUAUAAUUAAUAAUAUUUGAUUUAUGAGUUCUUUUAUAAACAAAAUCAAUCAAUUUGAUAUACUUUCGUAAUUUUUCCUUUUGGUUUCUAGUGUUACAAUUACAAAGUCGUUGUCUGCAGCUUCCUUACAAUUUCUAUGGUAAGUAUUUGAAACUCCUAUGAAAUGUCCACACAAUUGAUGUCCACAAACUUUAAGUCUCCGACCGAUUAUAUUUCUCCCCAUGAAGAUACUUGACCUCAGCAAUCGACUUUUUCCCCAUGCUAAUUACGAUGUUGUUUCUUCGAAAAGGCAUCCAUCCACGGUUACUUGGCUACUAUUUCAACCAAAACGAAAUUUCUUUCUUUUCGUUGAAUACCAAAAACUAAAUUUCUAAGUGAAUUGAGUAAAAUUAUUUAUAAUUUUGAUAAGUAGGGUAAACAUGAGAAGAACUAUGAUGGAUCGGGUGAAGAAGAAUACUCGUAUCAAUCUCAUCCUUACAUACUAGCUUCGACCCGGCCAGUUGGCCGGAAUACAUUUAGGACCACGUGGGCAGAAAUUACAAAUGAAAGGUAAAAAAACAAAAACAAAAAGUUAAUGUAAUUACGGCUGGUUUAUCUCCACAUAAAUACGUGCAGUAGUUGGAUUUCGGGUGCUUUGGGCUUUAUAGCUGGCCCAACUAAAUAGUUAUCUCGUGGGCUGGGACAUGAGUUAGAUUAAAUUAACCAGUAUCAUUUGGGCGGGAAACAGAAAAUUAAGAUAUUGAGAUGAACUAAUAUACCCUUCCGGAAAGGCUAAAUUACAUGUUAAGUCACUCAAAUUACAUAAAUCUUUCACGUUUGCCACCCAAAUUAUUUUUCUCUCUUAUUCGCCACUAACUUUACAAAACGUUACAUCGUUAGUCACCGGCCAUUAGUCUCCGUCAGAUUCCGUUAACUCCGUUAGUUUUUUGAUGACGUGGCAAACAAAAAUGCUGACUGUAAGAUAACUUGUGACAUUUUCAUUUAAAAAAAAUUAAAAAAAAAUAAUUAGACAAAACUUAGGCGAGUUCCCAAUGGAUACGUCUGUCGCCUCCUCGCCGGAGCUUGGUGUCUAAGAUACAGUCGAGCACAAUCCUCCGUAACUUUCUCUUGUUUCCAGUUGAAACUCCGGUUCCUGACAGAAUCUUGAAAUUUGUUUAUGUUUCUCGUCCAGUCGAUCGAGUUGCUUGCUCCGUCAAUGGCAGAUUCACUCAGAUUUCUAGGGUUUUCGAUUGAACCAAUCUUGUCGAAUUUGACGAGCAUUGAGCUCGUGUGUUCGAUUUUGGACCAGAAUUGCCGAUUUUUAAUGGAGUAAGUGAGAUUGUCAUCUGGAUUUUUCCUCUCCCGAAGAAAUAUCGGAGGCGACGAGCUAGAUGGAGUCAUCGGAGAAAGAAACCGACUUGUCUCAAGACGAUACAGGCGCAAUGGGGGAGGAGACACACGAGGACGACGACACAAUACUCUCCUACCAGACCUUGGUGAAUUUCAUGCCCUUUGUCGGCUAGCUAUUCGUCUUACAGGACGCUGCUAACGAGUUUUACUGCUACUUCGUCGCCACCGCACCCACAGAAAAGACGGCAUCGGCAGGGGAGUAAUCACACGAUCUUUCACCUGGCACCGUGGCACUUAUCCUCAAACGAAACACUUAGAGGAGAGUGGCGGUAGAGGAGGCGGAGGGAAAAUGCAGCGGAACCACAACCCAGGAUUCCUUGCUGCUCUCUUUGUUCCGCCUGAGGAUAGGUAAAGGGAAGAAGACGAGGGAGGGGAUGGUGGGCCACUCCUCUACUAUUUUGUUUAAUUACCUUUUUUAAUUUUUAAUUUUUUAAAUGGAUCUGUCAUAAGUUAACGGUACAGUCAGAAUUUCUGUUUGCCACGUCAUCAAAAAAUUAACGAAGUUAACAGACUCGGACGGAGACUAACGGCCGGUGACUAACGGUGUAACAUUUUGUAAAGUUAGUGGUGAAUAAGAAAGAAAAGUAAUUCGGGUAGCAAACGUGAAAGAUUUAUGUAAUUUGAGUGACCAAACGUGUAAUUUAGCCCUUCUGGAAAUUAAGGGGAGGCCAGGAAAAUUUGAAUACUGGAAAUCCUAUAAAACUCCAACAUUAUAUAUUCUUUUGAUUAAACAUAUAUUACCCAUUCAAAACAAGUCUAACAAAUCAUAUAAAAUGUGCAAAGUCUAAAUUAUCAUCUUUUGGGAGAAUUGAGAAUUGUCACGCUGCAAGUCAAUGAUGAUAGUGUAUUACCAUACCAUUUCAGAACAAUGGUUUAUGUUUUUCUAUUGAAAGGAUAGUAAUUAAUAUUAAUUCAUGAAAGGAAAAAAUAGAAUAAGAAAAAAAAUUAUUUCAAAAAAAUAUAAAUAAUAAAGUUUGCCACCAUAUAAGCCCAAACUCAAAAGCGUCCCCAACCUUAAUUCCAUCCCAUCAGAUCCCAAAUUUCCUCUCUUCCCAAGAUUCACAGUCUAAUUGUUUACACCCAAAAAAUAAUCUUGUACCACAUUGAUUAUUUACAAGGCAUUAACUGUCUUUAUAAGUCUUCAAGAAGGAGUUAGUCCCAUCGCGAGUUGGGUAGCCCGACGUGGUCGUGAGAUCUAGACCGCGUUGGCGUCAAGUUUAGAGCCUGACGUGGUCACGAGAUCUAGACCGCGUUGGCUUCAAAUUUAGAUCUCGACGUGGUCGUGAGAUGUAGACCGCGUUUGCGUCAAGUUUAGAGCCCGACGUAGUCACGAGAUCUAGACCGCGUUGGCAUCAAAAUUAGAGCCCGAAGUGGUCUUGAGAUCUAGACCGCGUUGGCGUCUAAUUUAGAGCCCGACGUGGUCGCGAGAUCUAGACCACAUCGGUGAGACUAGACCAUGUCCAAGAUCUGAACUAACAAGUUGGAAGUAAGAAAGCAAGCCAUGUGGGAGAGACAAGUAACAAGAUGACAGUUCCAAGAUAAAGAGCAAGCAGUUAACAGAACAACUACCGAUUAUCCCAUGUACAAUGACCCGUCAGCCAUGUCCGAGAAAGAAGCGGAGCAGUUCUUUUUGAAAGUUACUCUAGGACAGUUUUCUACGACGGUUAUCAUCUCAAGCCUAUAAAUAGGAGGAGGAGUUGACAAAGGAAGGGGUCGCAAAAAUUACCAUUUGACACCACUUGUCAAGUUUAUCUUUCCUCUGCAAUUUCCAUUGGUAGUCGUAGAUCUGGAGCUCUCUCAGAACCUCCAUAGGAGUAAGAGUAACUUAAUGUAGAUCUGUCUCAAGAGUCGUGUAAACAUCGAACACCCUCCUUCGAACUGUGUUUGAAGAGGUGUGAACCGUGUUUCGUGAUCGUUGUCCAAAGAAGACAAGGUGCAUCUAGUUCUCAUUCAACGCAAGUUUUCUCACCGGAAAACACUAAUUAUCGAUGGCCCAAACGACGCCGAACCACACUCAGACGGUUCCCGAUUGGGCAGCUCGCGAUUCCUCGUGCGAGAUAGCUACUUACACUUUCAAACGCCAGUCAGUUUUCCCGACCCUUACUCUCUCUAUAAUUAUUUUCUAUAUAUUUCACUAAAAGCUCUGUUUUCUUCCCUAAACUCCUCAGAUGCUCAAUUAACUACUUCCAUUAGCCUUUCAAAUGAUUGGUUUUAACAAAAAAAACUAACCGUGUAUCCUAUUGUUCCCGGGUAGGUAUAUAAAAUUAUGAAGUAUGCAGAGUUGAUUAUCUUAUUGCUAGAAAGCGAAUUUGAGCCAGACUAUAACAAAUUAUCUUAUUGCUAGAAAGCGAAUUUGAGCCAGACUAUAACAACUAUGGUUCAUAAAAUGGGAAUGCAUUAGGAUGAAUACUAGUUUUUUAGGGCUCAAGAUAGGGUGCAUAACCCGCACUCAUUAAUAAUCUAAUCUGGACCUUUCAUUUAGAAAAUCCAGAUCUAAGGAUUGAGAAUUAAAGACCAUUUUUAUUUUUCCUAGCUUUCUUAAUCGACUCAUAUAUUUUCCGUUUUAACUCGGAUUUUAAUUUUUUUUGCACAGAUGGAACGAGUUCAUCGUGCUCUACAAAAUAAGAUCAAUUUUCAAUAUUUUUUUAGGAAAAAAAUUCUGACCUCUCGGUACCAACCGCAUAUCAUAUGGUAUUUUCUUCGUUUUUAAUUCGUUUUUAAAAAUGUUUGCACAUAAGGGACGAGUUCAUCUUGAUCUAUUGGAUCUACAAAUUUUUGGGUGAAUAAAUUACAGGACCAAAAAAUACCACACAAUACCAUACAAUACCACACUGGUACAGGGUGGUAUCUUGUGGUACACAAUGUUAAAAGUCGUAAAUGACCGUUAAUAUACUUCUAUUAUUAUGUAUUCAACCAUCCUAGAGUCUUGGUUUGUUCAUACCACCAUGGUACGCUUUUCAAACCAUAUGUAUGCUCUUAUUUCAAUACCAGUCAAUACCAUAUGGUAUAGACUGGUAAAAAAUGGCAUAAUUUUUUGUUCGAAAAAUAUAUCAAAAUGGAUAUCAUUUUCAGGAGCACAAUUAAUCUGAUCUAACUGUGCAAUAAAUUUAAAUUUUGACUUAAAACGAGUGAGAAAUCGUCCGUCAAAGAUUAAGGAGGGGAAAAUUAAAAGCUUUCCAGGAGAGAGAGAGAGAGAGAGAGAGAGAGAUGCUGAUGUCAUGGUGAUGUGGAUGGGUUACUCAUUGUUACUCACCACAAAGUUACUAACCUGAUCCGUUCCCGUUUUUUAAUAACCAUCAAGGCUAUCUACAUCUAAACCGUUCAUUAGCUCUAUUUUUUCCUUUUUUUUUAAAAUGACGGUCUUGAUUAAAUUAAGGAUAGUUUGGGAAUCAAAAUAAUAUCACACAAGAUUAUUACCUAUAUUUAUAACUUACCUUCCCCAAAUCUACGUCUACCCUCACCUCCUUCCCACCUCCCCUCCCGCUGGGCGCCUCCCACCUCACCCUCCUCUCCCGCCGGGGCUGCCUCUCCCUCACCCUCCCUCACUCCCCACCCCAUCUACCAUCCCACGACCCUCCCUUCUCCCUUCUCUCUCUCUCUCUCUCUCUCUCUCUCUCUCUCUCUCUCUCUCUCUCUCUCUCUCUCUAACAGCCAGAAGGAGCCGAUGGGAUCGCCGAGGUCGUGAAAGCAAUCGCCAGUGUUGGUCAUCCUUUUAUCUCCGACCCUCUCGUCUCAAUGGUAUUGUUUUUGUCACAUUGGUAUUGAUUUUGUUGUAUUGGUAUUGUUUUUGUCGCAUUGGUAUUGAUUAUCAUGUAAUGGUAUUAAUUUGCAUGUAUUGGUAUUGAUUAAAUAUGCAAUUGUAUUGAUUUUUUGUGAAAUGGUAUAGAUUUAUAUUGGUAGAUUGUUUAUAUAGGUAAAUUAUUUAUGCAAUGGUAUUGAUGUUUUUCAAAGUGGUAGUGUUUGUCUAAUGGAUUGGUAGUGAUUUCAUGUUUUUUUUUAUUUUGCAGAAAGAUUGAGAAAAUAAGGAAAGAGGAUCUAGCUGGAGAUUACAGAAGUGAGAGAAAGAGAAAGAGAGAGAAUUAUAAUUAAUAGAUUUUUGUAACUACCUAAAAUUUAAUUUAUUAAAAAAAAAUUAUUUUCCAUACCCAAUUUACCCUUAGUAACCAUGGUGAUUACUCACUGUAACCUGUCCCCAUAAGAUGUGAACCACAAGAGUGGAAGAGGUAUUUAACUGCUUAAAAUUUUCAAUCUCCACUAUUUGAUUGGGGUUUGAUUAUGGGCAUGUUAGGCAUGAGAUUACGGGAAUAAUUACCAAGGUGGGUAAGAAAGUGGAGAAUUUCAAGGUUGGAGACCGAGCUGGAAUUGGGUGUCUUGCUGCUUCAUGUCUGGAAUGUGAUGGUUGUAAGAGCUCCAAAGAAAAUUAUUGCGACCAGUUUCAGUUUACUUAUAAUGGCAUCUUUUGGGAUGGCAACAUUAAUUAUGGUGGUUACUCCAUAAUGAUCGUCGCUGACUACAGGUAAAAAUGCUAAUUUUUAUGUUUACCCUAAGUGGGUGACCUUGUAUUUUCAUCCCAGUACAUUGCGAAAAUCGAAACUUAUCGUUGUUAGCAAAAGUAUAAUUAAAAAAGGGGAUAUGUUACAGUAAAAAAUCCAUUAUAUUUGUAGAAUUACAAAACUAAAUAUAAUGAAAUAACACCAAAUCGGCAUUUGGGCUGACAAAUUCAAGAAAUAACACCACAAAAGACCACUAAGUCUAGAAAGCAAACCACAAUUUCACCACACCACAAAUUUAUAAAAGAACGCCACAAGUUUAUGAAAGCAUACCACAAGUCUCAUAAUAUAGACCACAAAUCUAUAAAAGCACAUCACAAGUCUCUUGAAGCAUACCAAAAGUCACAUUAAGAAGGUCACAAGUUUCAUAAAGGAUACCACAAGUUUAUUAAAGAAUACCACAAUCCCCCCUAAUACAGACGACAAGUCAACAUAUAAGAAAAAAAUUUAAGUACUAAAAUAUAAUUUUCCAUCAAUAUUUUUAGUACUAAUGUGUAAAAAAAAUAAUUUUAGAAAAGCACCCAAAUCUGAUGAAGGAACCGCGGAAUCAACGCUUUCUAUCAUUCGUUGAAAAACAGCACCGAGAAUAGAAUAAAAAAAUCUGAUAGAUCAUACAACAUGCAUCAUUCUAAGGAGCGGAAUUAAAGGAAGUCCAUUACUGAGACAUUAAAUAUUAAGAUUUAUUAAGGUUAUGUACUAAAACUGUAAUUUGUAUGUAAAACUCCAAGGAACGUAGGGGAAGGGGGAAGAGCAGUUACCAUAAUAACGUUAUUAAAAAGAGUUAAUAUUGUUUCUAACACCACCCUAUCUCCUCUCGAUCCGUAACAGGCUAUAAACCAAGCAUAUAAAAAGGGGAGCGGAUCAGGUCAGUAACCUUAGGAUGAGUAACCCGUCCACAUCAGCAUCCCUCUCCCUUAUGGAAAGCCUUUUAUAUUUUUCCCUUUAAUUUUUAAUAGAUGAUUUCUCUCUCGUUUUAAGUUAGAAUUUAAAUUUUUUUGCACAGAUAAAUCAGAUUAAUUGUGCUCUUUAAAAUGAUAUACACUUUGAUAUAUUUUCAGAACAAAAAAAAUUGAGGUAAUUUUUACCAGCCAAUACCAUAUGGUAUUAAAUAGGAGCAAACCAUAUGGUAAGAAAGCGUACCUUGAUGGUAUGAACAUACCAAGACUGUAUGAAGGUUGAAUACAUGAUAGUAGGAGUAUACUAACCGUUAUUUACGACUUUCAUCAUUGUUUACCACAAGUUACCACCCCCAUACCAGAGUGGUAAAGUAUGAUAGUUUUUAGUCCUGUAUUUUUUUCACCCAGAAAUUUGUAGAACCAAUAGAUCAUGAUGAACUCAUUCAUUCUGAGCAAAUAAUUUCAAAAAUGACUUAAAAACGAAAAAGUUACCAUUUGGUAUGGAGUUGGUAACGGGAGCUAUGAAAAAAAUUCUCAAUUUUUUUUUAAAUUGAUCUCAUUUUGUAGAACACAAGAACUCGUUUCAUCUAUGCAAAAAAAAUUGAAAUCUGAACUAGAACGAAGAAGAUAAAAGUCGACUAAGAAAACUAGGGAAAAUAAAAUACAUUUAAUUCACAACCCGUAGAUCUAUAUUUGUGGUCCACUUAAAUCUAAAGGUCCAUAUUUAGUUACUCAUACGUAAGUAAAACUUACAGUAUUUUAAGCCUAUAAAAAGGGAAGAGAAAAAUUACCAGGCCGCCCAUCUUAAUACUCUUCUUUGUCAGUGUGUUUUAAUUGGCCAUUAGAUUUAUUGCAUGGUCAUAUAAUGUAAUUUUGUAGGACUUCAUAGAUUUGGAUUUUGUGUUCUUUCCUUUCCUGUAAAAGAAAUUAAUUCCUAACCAUAGUUAUCAUGCUGGUGGUCGCCAUGCAACAGGAACCGGUUACAAAACUGUCUUGAAUGCCCUCGGUUUAGCUGGCUUGAUCAAUUUUUUUUACUUAUAAACAAAAUGGCGUUGUUUUGGUGAGUUUAAUUAACAAAAACAAUUGAUUUGUUUCUUGAAUUUGAAAGUUGCAUGUGGAUAUUAUUUGUUGGAUUCAAAUUAUGAAUUGCUUAGAUAUUUAUGUUAUUUGUUGGAUUCAAAAGUACACUUUUGGAUGUUGGAGUUAAAUGUUCCAUUUAGAUAUGAGGAUUUUUUAUUUUGUAUUAAUCUUUUUAUUUAACUAUCGAAGUAGAUAUUAGAGAGGUUGUCUGGAAUAAGCAAACGACGACACUAAUUUACACAAGAAUAAACAUAAAUUCUCAUACGUUAAGAUGAUAAAAACAUAUAAAUCCAUUAUUUUUUGAACUGUUACUUACACAUAAGUCGUGACUGCCAGAUAAAAAAAAAGGUAUGUAGUGCAUGCGCCGGACAACCUUCCGAUGGAUGCUGCAACUCCAUUGUUGUGUGCGGGAAUCACUGUAUUCACGCCUUUAACACUCUGUUUCCGACGGAGAGAAGGAAAAUGGAGGGGAGAGAAAAUUUAAAGGGGAGAGAAAAGGAGGGAAGAGAAAAUUUAGAAAGGAGGGAUAAUGUUGUUUUAUGGAGGAAAAGUGGGAAGAAAAAGUAUAUUGGGAAGUGUGAUAGAUUUGUUACUUUAUUGGUUAUGUGAUAGUAAAAUAAUAGAUAAAUAUAUUUGUAUGACCCAAACUUUUCACAAAUUAAACAUUAUAACCAAUCUUUUCGAUCGGUAACAUCAUAGCCUCAACUAUGCAUCAAAGUUACGAAAUUGGCCAAAAUAAAAAAUAUAAAUGGUAAUAGGUGGAAAAAUAGGGUGGUGAAGGGGAAAAUCGAAAAACGACGUAAUUCACAAACUAAAAAGAAAAUGAUGCUAUGAGCCCAAAAGUCUUGUUACGAGUCAAUUCGGUGGAUUUCUUUUUCAGGGGGUUGUGUAUCGGCAGGUACACUCUCAAGCGCAUGUAAUCAUCUCACAUUGUUCCCGCACCAUUAUCAAACCAGUCAAGCCCCUCAAGGUGCGAUGCAAUUUUCUAAGCCAUCUUCUGGGUCCUCAAUUCAGCUGGUAAACCCUCAACCCUUAUCCACAUAUCUGGUUUAUGCUUUUGAAUCGUUGUGCUCGCCUUAAACACUAUAAGUGAAUUCUCAUAAUGCCAAGGGCCCCCAUAACAUAUCUUAUUCAUAUCAUCCAUGUCCAGAAAUUGAAAGGCAAACAGCAUGCCCCCAAGUUCCGUGAUCUGGAAACCCUUUUUCAGCUUCCAGGCUUUUGACAAUGCAAUUUUCAUUGACUUCGUGUUAGGUUCUUUUUCAGCUAACAGGCGUCCGAUCAGCCCCAACCUACGCACUGCUUCCAUGCGCAGAUCAACAUCCGAGUCCUCUACCUCCAAUGGUUCAUCAUCUUCAUCGUCCAGAGUUAUCUGAUUUAACUGAUUUUCUAGCUCCAUGGUUGUCUGUCGUUCCUUACUCGUGGCAAUGUCUUCGAUAGCUUCUUUUCUGGCCUCCAUACUGUAACAAAUCAAUCUCGUCACCCCUGAAACAGGACAACACUUUCUGUUCUGCUGGCUUGUACAAAAACCUAAGGGUUUCUUGCACUAGGGUUUUUCUCUCGCACAAACUAUUGCUCUUCACACAAAGCGGUCAAUCGAGUGCAAAGUCUUCUCUCCUUAAAUAGAGGAUGCUCACUACACUUGUAUCGCAAAACUGAUUCAGAACGGAAACAAAUUCCUUCUUCAACGAGGGAAGUUGACACCGAUAAAACCCUAGGGUUUCCGCCGCCUUAGACUCUCUCUAAACGAGAGAGCUUCAUUUUCUGUGUCGAGGGUACUUAUUUCAUAAUUUAUAAUACUUAAAUUACUAAAUUAGAGCGCCAAUAAAACCAAGAUCGACAAAAAAAAAACCAAGAUCGCAUAAUUAAAUUCACGACAUCACGACCAACAAAAAAGAAAAAAACACUAAUCUGUGUGCAAAAGAAAACAAACAACAACAACACGUAACCACAAUCUAUAUAAUACGAGUUCUAAAAUCUCAAUUUAGAAAUACUAUGACUCAUGUUUCAAACGUAACGAAUGUGCUAAUAGUAGAACAAGUACCACUUUAUACACCCAAAAACAAAUAAGAAAGAAUAUAACAAUACAACACAAUAUAAAAAUACCAAAUAAAGCGUCCCGCCCAAUGGGCGGGCAAAAAACUAGUCAAGUGUUAUAAACUUUGUAUAUAUCUUAUUAGUAAUGCAAGAGUUAAUAACAUAUGGAAGUUCAAAUUUUUGAACCACUUUUGCUAGAUUUAGAUUGCCAUAAAAAUGGAUUUUUUAUUUUAUUCCAACGAUUUACUAUCCUAAUAUAUAUUUAACCAUAUAAUAAUUCCUCCAAAAGAGAAAAAGCCUUUCAUAUUGAUAAGAUAAAAAACUAAGAAAUCAUAUAUUUUUUUAAUAAAUUCAACCUUAUCCUUUCCAAGAAUCAAUUUUUCUCUCACUUAUAACUUCUUAUAAAUAUCUGAAUGUUACUGUCCAAAACCAAUCUCAACUUAAGAAACACGAUACAAUUGCUUUGCUCAAAGAAGAAUACAUUACUCCUACACAAAAAAAAAAGAUAAAUAAAUAAAUUACACUAAUCAACCAUGAAAGGGUCAUCGUCUAGAAUUCUCGUUCUUCCUCUACUAAUACUCCUUCUCAUUGCUGUUCAGAAGGAAGUGAUGGGAGAGCAGACAAAUAAAAAAGUGUGCAAGGUCGGGCUUAUCCCUCCUGCUAAACAAGGAACUUUGGGGUGUGAAGCUUUAAACUGUGACUCUCUAUGUAAAGAGACUUACGGACAACCAACCAUUGGAUUGUGUUAUUUUAUUGUCUAUUGUGCAUGUUACAAGCCUUGUUAAAAAAUUUCACUAUUGAAAUCAUGAUGUGAUGAUCAGUGAUAUAAGGCCAUUAUUUUUUUUAUAAUUAAUAAUAUUUUAUUUAUGAG